AUGCGGCCAUACCAACGACCACACUAUAACAACCGAGGACCUCAACGAACAGAAAAUCAUAAAGGAGGAGGAACUCAAGCUGCCCCAGGGGUGCGUUGUUACCAGUGUGGCGAAGGUGGGCAUUAUGCGAAUGAAUGUCCUAAUAGGGGUCCUACCUGCUUCAAAUGCAACAAACGGGGUCAUAUGGCGAAGGAUUGUAGAACUCCAAAAGAAGAGUUAGCUGUUAACGCUGUUAGAACCGCCCGACCAACUGCUCAAGGGCGAGUGUAUUGCAUGGGUGCAGAGGGAAAAUCUCCGACCAACAACUUGAUCCAGGGGAAUUACGAAAUUGAAGGUACCAUUUUAACUGCACUUUUUGAUUCUGGGGCAACACAUUCAUUCAAAUCCCAGGAUUGCGUUGAUCGAUUGAAAAUGAAAGUAACCCCAUUACCUUUCGACUUGGUAGUGUCUACCCCUGUGUCAUACCCCAAUUUUUGA